AUGGACAAGGUCAUCCUCCUUGACGAAUGUACUACAACCUCGCCUGCUUCUUGGGGAGUACAAAAGGAGCACAAAAAGAGAGUACAAAAUGAGCACGAAAAGAGUACAAAAGGAGCACAAAAAGAGCACAAAAGGAGCACAAAAAGAGCACAAAAGGAGCACAAAAAGAGAGUACAAAAGGAGCACAAAAAGAGUACAAAAGGAGCACAAAAGAGCACAAAAGAACACAAAAGGAGCACAAAAAGAGUACAAAAGGAGCACAAAAGAGCACAAAAGGAGCACAAGAGUACAAAAGGAGCACAAAAAGAGCACAAAAGGAGCACAAAAAGAGAGUACAAAAUGAGCACAAAAAGAGUACAAAAUGAGCACAAAAAAGUACAAAAGGAGCACAAAAAAGAGUAA